GGCUUCUUGGAAGCGGGGGCCGCGGACGCGGAAGGGGAUCGUGGCCGGGCGCGCGGCGGGAGGCGAUGUUGGACUUUGCCUUGGCAGCCCCCUGUUACCAUGGGUAUACCAGUCUUCAUACUUGCUGGUCUCCUUGUCCAUUUUGUGUUCUUGGUCUCCAUUUUUGACAUCUACUUCAGCUCUCCUCUGGUUCAUGGUAUGACCCCUCAGCAGACUCCACUGCCACCUCCAGCAAAACGUCUCGUACUCUUUGUUGCCGAUGGUCUGCGGGCAGAUUCGCUGUAUGGAUUGGAUAGCAACGACACUUCCCAUGCACCUUACCUGCGGGGCAUUCUGGAGAACAAUGGCAGCUGGGGCAUCUCUCAUACCCGGGUCCCAACAGAAUCCAGACCAGGGCAUGUUGCACUGAUAGCUGGGUUUUAUGAAGACGUCAGUGCAGUUGCUAGAGGAUGGAAGGAGAAUCCAGUGGAAUUUGACUCUGUUUUCAAUGAAAGUAAAUAUACCUGGAGCUGGGGAAGCCCAGAUAUUUUGCCAAUGUUUGCAAAAGGUGCUUCUGGAGAUCAUGUUUAUACAUUUUGUUACACAGCAGAAAGUGUAGACUUUGGAGCACAAGAUGCAUCCAAGCUUGACACUUGGGUUUUUGACCAUGUAAAGAGCUUCUUUAAUUCUUCAAGAAGUAAUCAAACAUUGUUCUCUGCACUAAAUGAAGAAAAAGUGGUUCUGUUCCUGCAUUUGCUAGGCAUAGACACGAAUGGACAUGCUCAUCGGCCAAACUCAAGGGAGUACAAGGAGAAUAUUAGAAAAGUUGAUGAGGGUGUAAAAGAAAUUGCUUCAAUGCUUGAAAGCUUCUAUGGAAAUGAUGGAAAAACUGCAUUUAUCUUAACUUCUGACCAUGGAAUGACAGAUUGGGGUUCCCAUGGAGCUGGUCAUCCCUCAGAGACUUUAACACCACUGAUUGUUUGGGGUGCUGGAGUGAAUUAUCCACAGAAAGUCACAUCCCAGUUCUUUGAAGACAAUUUUUUGAAAGAGUGGAAACUGGAGAACCUGAAGAGGCUGGAUGUCAAUCAGGCUGAUAUAGCACCGCUGAUGGCUUCCCUUAUUGGUGUUCCUUUCCCCCUGAAUUCUGUGGGAACCCUGCCUCUGGAAUAUCUGAACAACAGUGCUCAUUUCAAAGCAGAGAGCAUGUUUACCAAUGCUGUUCAGGUUCUCGAGCAAUUUAAGGUUAAGAUGAAUCAGAAAAAGGCAACUACAUUGUCAUUUCUGUUCACACCAUUUAAGCCACUUUCUGAUUCUGAACAGAUCAACUUUUUAAAGAAAACAAGACUAUAUAUUCAGCAGCAAAAGUACGAUGAAGCAGUAUCUCUGUGCAAAACCCUGAUUAAGCUUGCUUUGGAAGGCCUGUCGUAUUACCAUACUUAUGACAGAUUAUUCCUGGGCCUAAGUAUCGCAAUGGGUUUCGUGGGGUGGACGACUUACGUGAUUCUGGUGAUUGUCAAGACCCAUACCAAUUUGACUAAGACUGUCCAGAGUAGUAAUAAGGAAUCUACAGUGCUCUUGUACGGUUUUACAUUUGUUGGGAUGAUGAUAACAUUUUUCCUGUUGAUUCAAACGUGUCCUUGGACAUACUACAUAUACUGUCUGUUGCCAGUACCUGUGUGGUAUGCAGUUAUGAGAGAAUUUCAUGUUAUUCAAAACCUCGCUGCAAAUCUCUGGUCACUUCCAAUCAGUCGGUCUCUAGGAUUCAUCUUGAUUUCUAUAGUGGGAAUUGAAAUACUAGUUUUCAGCUUUUUCUACCGCUCUACACUCACUGUGGGUCUUCUUGUGUUUGCUGGCUGGCCAGUGAUCACACAGCUGUGGGUUCAAGCAAAGACAACAACAUUGAUCUGGACUGUUCUGUGUGCACUCCUGGCAGUAUUUCCUUUAAUGCCUGUUGUAGGAAGAGAACCAAACAUUCCUCUGGUAAUAGCAACUGGUUUGCUGACUCUUUUGAUCUCUGGCUUCUCCUUGGCGUCUUCAUGUAAAAGUGAAAAUAAGUACAGAAAUAAUGAAGAUAUGAAAGUACAUUUUUAUCAGAUGUUGAGUAUUGCACUUUCAACAUAUGUUGUGAGCAAUACCCAUAACAGUCUGAAGAACAAACAGGGAUUGCCUGUGUUCAAUCAAAUUAUCAGUUGGACCACUCUAGUUUCUUCCUCAGUGUUGCCGUUACUGAGCCCCACGUUUCUUUUUCCGCGACUGUUCAGCAUACUGCUUUCCCUGAUGGCCACCUACCUACUCCUCAGCACGGGGUAUGAGGCUCUGUUUCCACUGGUGCUCUCUGGUUUGAUGUUUGUGUGGAUACACAUGGAACAAGAAGCACUGCAGCACUAUGGUCUUUCACUCAAACCAAAGCUUGCUGUUUUCAACUUCGCCUAUGCUACUGAUAUAACUCAGUUUCGACAGCUCCACCUAGAUGACAUCCGCAGGUCUUUCUUCUUUGUUUUCUUCAUAGUGACAGCCUUUUUUGGCACUGGAAACAUAGCUUCCGUUAACAGUUUUGAUCCUGCGUCUGUCUAUUGUUUCUUAACUGUGUUCAGUCCCUUUAUGAUGGGAGGCUUGCUUGUGCUGAAGGUUGUAAUCCCAUUUGUUCUGGUAUCAUGUGCUUUUGAAGCUGUUCAAGUCACAACACAGCUAUCUUCUAAGAGCCUUUUCCUCAUUGUUCUUGUGAUUUCAGACAUCAUGGCUUUGCACUUUUUCUUUUUGGUUAAAGAUUAUGGAAGCUGGCUCGAAAUAGGAACAAGCUUCUUUCAGGACAGAGGGGAAGUCAGAUGUCUGCUGAAGCACCAUGCUGAUGGCAGCAAGUCUUCAAGCAAGCCUCAGAUGACCGUCUCUGUCAGGGUGUCCGUAAAAGUAAAGCAUUAGCCACUACGUGCUGGUGAUGUCGCUGACCAUAUUUAUGAUGCUGAUGAACGGACUGGCCCAGUUGCUAACUACAAAGAGACUUGAACUUUCCAGAAGGACUAAGCACCAUGCCACGUGAUGAAGCGAUAAAUGUUCCUGCCCUUCUGCCCACCCUCCAGCUUCCUUUGAACCAACCUCCAUUUCUGGAAUGUAAAUAUAAAUUAACAGACUUCAGUGCCAAAAUCCCAUCCAGGGAUCAGAGGGCGCUGCUGCUGCAGAUUAAAUGCUGCGACAGAAAUUUGUGUUUGGAGGUUGUCGUUUAGACAUCAUGGGGCCAAAACAGCCUUAGCUGUAUUCUCCAGCUGUACGUAUUUCUUGAAAAUAAAAUAAAACGCGGCAGGUAAGUCCUGUUUAAAGAUACAGGAAA